CACUUCAAAGACAUAUUCGUGAUGGUGUGGAAACAACAUGUCUCUCAGCUCGCGUUCUGCGAAGUCCAACUUGAGAAACAGGUCCCAACCCUCAGUCCCCGUGGAGUCAAUAAAGGAAAUGCAGCAAAAGCUGAAAGAGGAGCGUGAGGCUAAGAGAGCUCAGCUGGAUGGCAGACAUGACUACGUCCUUAGCAUCGUGGCUUCCUGCCUGGGCCUGGAGAAGGCUGAUGUGGAGGAUGCCAUUCUGGAGGGAACUCAGAUUGAGCGCAUGGAGCAGUUCUUUGUGGCUGAGGGACUUCCUCAUAUCAUGUUCUACUAUCAGGAUGUGGAGCCAGCUGAAGCAGGUGAGAUGAUUGCAUCAUCAGCAGCUACCUUGGCCCCAAAACGGAGUAAGAAGGCCAAGGUGUUUGUCACUGAGGGCAAAGAUGUGGCUCUGACUGGUGUCUGUGUGUUCUUCACAAGAGCCAAUCCCUCCAAGGCUAUCACCUCUGAGAAUGUGCACAGGGAGGUGAAUUUCAACAUGCUGGACACCACAGAGGUAGGCCUGCUUAAAAGUGUGGAGCAGCUGCUGUCUGAGAUCUUCAUACCCAGCCUGAAGAAGAUGGACCAUGGCUGGGGAGAGCUGGCCAGUCCACAGGCACAGUCAGUUAAACAGGAAUUCAUCAGCUCACUGGACAGCUUUGUGUCUGUGCUGGCCGGGGCACAGGAGAGCCUGCAGGAGAAGGUGAAUCUAAAAGAAUGUGACGAAUUUGACCUGAAGACACUGAAAGGCCCGUCUGACUACAUUGCUGUGGCUAACAGCACAGAGGCAACAGAGAAGAUAGAGGCCUGUAUGAAAGUGUGGAUCAAACAGAUCGAACAGGUGCUGGCGGAGAGUGACCAGCUGAGGAAGGAGGCAGAUGACCUGGGGCCGCGGGCCGAGCUGGACCACUGGAAGAAACGCAUGUCCCGCUUCAACUACCUCCUGGACCAGCUCAAGAGCCCCGAUGUCAAGGCUGUCCUGGGCGUUCUCAUGAUGGCCAAGUCAAAACUCAUCAAGUCCUGGCGAGAGCUGGACACCAGGAUCACUGACUCAGCCAACGAGGCCAAGGACAAUGUGAAGUACCUCUACACUCUGGAGAAGUUCUGUGACCCGCUCUACAACAGUGACCCUGUGUCGAUGGUGGAGGCCAUUCCAGGCCUGAUCAACGCCAUCCGGAUGAUCCACAGGAUCUCCCGCUACUACAACACCUCAGAGAAGAUCACCUCCCUGUUUGUCAAGGUUACCAACCAGAUGAUUACAGCAUGUAAGGCUUACAUCACCAACAACGGGUCUGCGUCCAUAUGGGACCAGCCUCAGGGUGUUGUAGCUGAGAAACUGAAAGCUGCUAUCCACCUAAAUCAGGAGUACCAGAAGUGCUUCCACAAGACCAAGGAGAAGCUGGAGCAGAGUCCUUCCGAGAGGCAGUUUGAUUUCAGUGAGAUGUACAUCUUUGGGAAGUUUGAGACGUUCCAACGACGCCUCUACAAGAUCCUCAACAUGUUCAGCACCAUCACUACUUACUCAGCCCUACAGGACUCCAAGAUAGAAGGCCUGGAAACUAUGGCAACCACUUUUCAGAGCAUUGUAUUGAGCAUGAAGAAAAAGCACUACAGUUUCCUUGAUCAGAGAAGAACAGACUUUGAUCAAGACUAUGACGAGUUUUGUAAAAAUAUCACUGACUUGCACAAUCAGUUGAAGACCUUCAUGGAUAACACUUUCGAUAAGAUUCAAAACACAGAAGGAGCUUUGAAUGUACUGAAAAAAUUUGAACGAAUGGGCAUUCCAGACCUGGGCAUCGAUGAGAAGUACCAGCGGAUCCUUCAGAACUAUGGGAGAGACAUAGAGAUGGUGUCCCGUAACUACACCAAGCAGAAGAUGGAUCCUCCCAUUGGCCGGGACCUGCCCCCGGUAGCCGGUAAGAUCCUGUGGGCCCGCCAGCUGUAUCGGAGGAUCCAGGAACCCAUGGAUCUGUUUCAGGAACACCCUGGGGUGCUGGCUACACCCGAGGCCAAACGCAUCAUCAGGAACUACAACAGGGUGGCCAGGGUGCUGCUAGAGUUUGAGAUGCUCUACCACAGUGGAUGGAUGAAGCAGAUCGAGGAGGUCAGACUGGGCCUCCAGGCCUCUUUACUGGUCAAAUGUCCCGAUACGGGGGACCUGUUUGUCAACUUUGACCCCCAGAUCCUGACUCAGAUUAGGGAGACAGACUGCAUGACCAGGAUGAGGCUGGAGAUUCCUUCCUUUGCAGCCAUCUUACAGCAGAAACAAGAUGCCCUCAAGAAGAAAUACAACAAGCUGCAGCUGGUUCUGACGGAGAACGCCAGGGUCCGGGCUAAGAUCCAGAGUGCCUUUGGGCAACUGGUGAUGCCUCAUGUUGCUAAGGUGGACGAAGCCAUUCUGCCAGGCCUGACCUCCCUCAACUGGACCUCACUGAACAUCGAGAAAUACCUCAGCCGCAUCAACAGUGCUCUCAUGGACCUGGAGCUGCUGAUGGACAGAGUGAAUGACCUGGUGGAGUUCAGGAUAGACGCUGUGCUGCAGGAGAUGAGUGGAGCCACACUGUGGGUUCUGCCCCUGGGGGAACCUUUCAGCUGUGAAGAGUUCGUUCAGACCACCAGGGAGGAGGGUAAGUCAGAGGGUCGCAUCAACCUGCUGUCUCGUAACACCACGGCAGCGAGCACCACGGGCCCCCCGUCUCCCCUGGUGAAGAGGAAGAAGAAGAAAGACCUGCUGGAGGUGAUGGAGGAGGAGGCUGAAGAGCUUCUGUCCCACUUCAACCACCGUAACGUGGACGCCCUGCUGAGGCUCACACGCAACACCCUGGAGACCCUCCGCAAACGCCUCCACGCCUCCUCACUACUGCACUUCCUGACAGAGAGUGAUUCCCCCAGCCGUCUGAAGGGCAGUGGUCAGCAGCCUAUCUUCAGGACCAGUGUGUCCCUGUCCAUCCCCAACAUCGCCAUGGUCCCAGCCCUGGAUGAGGUCCAGCAGGCUCUGAACCGGGCUGUGGAGAGUGUGGUCAGUGUCAGCAAAGGAGUCGGCCAGUGGAGCAAGGAGAGGAUCUCCAAGAGGAAGAUGAGUGAGAGACGAUUGGCUGCUCUGAGACAGGACAAGAGUGACAGUGAGUCAGAGGACGGAGAGACCACCUACAGGAGCCUGGCUGACGGCAGUACCUCAGACAUCUCCGCCUCUGUGACCCAGGCUAUACCCUACCAGGCCAGGAACUACUACAAGAGUGUGUCUGAGAACAAGGAGAUCAUCAAGCUGGUGUCUGUGCUCAGCACCUCCAUCAACUCUACCAAGAAGGAGGUGAUGAAUGCUUUGGACCGCUUCAGAUGUUACCACCACAUCUGGAGGAAGGAGCGAGAGGACACCAUCCAGAAGUUCAGCCAGGGCAGCCCUCUGCUGUCUGAGUUUGAAUCUCAGAUCCUCUACUACAAAGAUCUGGAGCUGGAGAUCAACGCUGAGCCUGAGUACAUCACUGUGGGAGCUCUGGCCCUCUAUACAGCUGACCUGAAGAUGGCCCUGACUGUGGAGACUAAGAGCUGGAUGGUGGACUACGGCCUGCACUGUAACAGGAAGUACCGGACAGAUAUGGAGAACAUCUUCACGUUAGUGGACGAGGCGGCAAAGAAAUUGAACCGACCAAUCAAAGAUUUGGACGACAUCCGCAUCGCCAUGGCAUCGCUGAAGGAGAUCAGAGAGCAGCAGAUCUCCAUUGACUUCCAAGUGGGACCCAUAGAGGAGUCCUAUUCCAUGCUCCAUAAGUACGGCCUGGUAGUGGCGAAGGAGGAGGCAGAGAAGGUGGACACGCUGCGCUACACCUGGGAGAAGCUGCUAGCCCGCAGCACAGAGGUUCAGAAUAGCUGGUGUUCCCUGCAGCCCAACUUCAGAGGAGAGCUCAUAGACAACGUGCAGACGUUUGGAGACUGUGGACACUUCUAUCAGGACUAUGACAAGGACGGUCCCAUGGUUGUCGGACUGGCUCCCCAAGACGCUAGUGACAGACUCAUCAUGUUUCAGAAUCGCUUUGACAACCUGUUCCGUAAGUACAUCACCUACACUGGUGGAGAGGAGCUGUUUGGCCUGCCUGUGACCCAACACCCUCAGCUGCUGGAGAUCAGGAGACAGCUCACCCUCCUCCAGAAGCUCUAUGGACUCUACAACAGUGUCAUCGACACCGUCAACGGCUACUAUGACAUCCUCUGGGCCGACAUCCACAUAGACAGGAUCAAUAACGAACUUCUUGACUUCCAGACGCGUUGUCGCAAGCUGCCCCGUGCCCUGAAAGAGUGGAAGGCAUUCCUUGACCUGAAGAAAAGUAUAGAUGAGUUCAACGAGUGUUGCCCCCUACUGGAACUGAUGACCAACAAGGCCAUGAUGACGCGUCACUGGAAGAGGAUCACCGAGGUGACAGGACACAGCUUCGAGGUGGAGACGGACACCUUCAAGCUGCGCAACAUCAUGGAAGCUCCGCUCCUCAAAUGCAAAGAGGAAAUUGAGGAUAUUUGCAUCAGUGCAGUGAAGGAGAGGGACAUUGAGCAGAAGCUGAAGCAGGUGAUUGCUGAGUGGGACAACAAGACAUUCACCUUCGCCAACUUCAAGACGCGAGGGGAGCUGCUGCUGAGGGGCGACAGCACCGCUGAGAUCAUUACUAACAUGGAGGACAGCCUCAUGGUGCUGGGAUCACUCAUGAGCAACAGGUACAACACGCCAUUCAAGGCCCAGAUCCAGAAAUGGGUUCAGAACCUUUCCAAUACCACUGACAUCAUAGAUAACUGGAUGACUGUCCAGAACCUGUGGAUCUACCUCGAGGCUGUGUUCGUGGGAGGGGACAUAGCCAAACAGCUACCCAAGGAGGCGAAACGUUUCUCCAACAUCGACAAGUCCUGGGUGAAGAUCAUGACGCGGGCCCAUGAGAUGCCCAACGUGGUGCAGUCAUGUGUGGGGGACGAGACCAUGGGACAGCUGUUGCCUCACCUGCUGGAACAACUGGAGAUCUGUCAGAAGUCUCUCACUGGGUACUUGGAGAAGAAGCGUCUGCUGUUCCCUCGGUUCUUCUUUGUGUCUGACCCGGCCCUGCUGGAGAUUCUGGGCCAAGCCUCGGACUCCCACACCAUCCAGGCCCACUUGCUCAACGUCUUUGACAACGUUAAAUGUGUCCGCUUCCAUGACAAGAUGUACGACCGGAURCUGGCCAUCUCAUCCAGGGAGGGGGAGACGGUAGAGCUGGAUCGGCCUGUGACGGCUGAAGGGAACGUGGAGGUCUGGCUCAACGCCCUGCUGAAGGAAUCCCAGAGGUCUCUUCACCUGGUCAUCAGACAGGCUGUCCUGGCCAUCCAUGACUCAGGCUUCCAGCUCAUUGAGUUCCUAGACUCUUUCCCUGCUCAGGUUGGUCUGCUGGGAGUCCAGAUGAUCUGGACCAGAGACUCAGAGGAGGCCCUGACCAACGCCCGCUACGACCGUAAGAUCAUGCCCAAGACCAACCAGUCUUUCCUGGAGCUUCUCAACACCCUGAUAGACAUGACCACUAAAGACCUGGCCUCAAUGGAGCGGGCCAAGUAUGAGACACUGAUAACCAUCCAUCUUCACCAGAGGGACAUUGAUGACCUGUGUCGGCUGCAUAUCAAAAGCCCUACAGACUUUGAGUGGCUGAAGCAGUGUCGUUUCUACUUCAAUGAGGACUCUGAAAUGAUCAUCAACAUGACUGACGUAGGCUUCAUCUAUCAGAAUGAGUUCCUGGGCUGCACUGACAGACUGUCAUCACCCCUCUCACUGACAGGUAAGGACUAACUAGUCAUCACCCCUCUCACUGACAGGUGCUACAUCACACUGGCCCAGGCUCUGGGGAUGAGUAUGGGAGGAGCCCCAGCCGGCCCUGCAGGGACAGGGAAGACUGAGACCACUAAAGACAUGGGCCGCUGCCUGGGGAAGUACGUGGUGGUCUUCAACUGCUCCGACCAAAUGGACUUCAGAGGACUGGGGAGGAUCUUUAAAGGCCUAGCCCAGUCGGGCUCMUGGGGCUGUUURGAUGAGUUCAACCGUAURGACCUAUCAGUGCUCUCCGUGGCGGCCCAGCAGAUCGCCAUCGUGCUUACCUGCAAGAAGGAGCGCCGCAAGAACUUCAUCUUCACCGACGGAGACAACGUGGAAAUGAAUCCCGAAUUCGGCAUCUUCCUGACUAUGAACCCGGGCUACGCAGGUCGUCAGGAGCUUCCAGAGAACCUGAAGAUCAACUUCCGCUCGGUGGCCAUGAUGGUCCCAGACCGUCAGAUCAUCAUCCGGGUCAAGCUGGCCAGCUGUGGCUUCAUAGACAACAUAGAGCUGGCCAGGAAGUURUUCACCCUCUACAAACUGUGUGAGGAGCAGCUCUCCAAGCAGGUGCAUUACGACUUUGGACUCCGAAACAUUUUGUCAGUUCUGCGAACACUGGGGGCGGUGAAACGAGCGAACCCCAACGACACAGAAUCUACCAUCGUCAUGAGGGUUCUCAGAGAUAUGAACCUGUCCAAGCUGAUAGAUGAAGACGAACCGUUGUUCCUCAGCCUGAUAGAGGACCUCUUCCCCGGGAUCCAGCUAGAUAAAGCAGGCUACCCAGAGCUGGAGACAGCUAUCGACAAACAGGUGGAGGAGUCUGGUCUGAUCAGCCAUCCUCCUGAAGCUAAGGUGAUUCAGCUGUUUGAGACCCAGAGGGUCCGCCAUGGCAUGAUGGCCCUGGGGCCCAGCGGAGCAGGAAAAACCACCUGCAUUCACACCCUGAUGAGAGCCAUGACAGACUGCGGUCAGCCACACAGAGAGAUGCGUAUGAACCCCAAAGCGAUCACCGCCCCUCAGAUGUUUGGCCGUCUAGAUGUAGCUACCAAUGACUGGACUGACGGCAUCUUCUCUACCCUGUGGAGGAAGACCCUGAGAGCCAAGAAAGGGGAGCACAUCUGGAUAGUACUAGAUGGACCAGUAGAUGCUAUCUGGAUAGAGAACCUCAACUCUGUACUGGAUGACAACAGGACUCUGACCCUGGCCAAUGGAGACAGGAUCCCCAUGGCCCCCAACUGCAAGAUUGUGUUUGAGCCCCACAACAUCGACAACGCCUCGCCUGCCACCGUGUCUCGUAACGGAAUGGUGUUCAUGAGCUCUUCUGUGCUCAACUGGAGCCCCAUUCUGGAGGGCUGGCUGAAGAAGCGUUCCCGUCAGGAGGGAGAGAUGCUGAGAGAGCUGUUCUCCUCUUCCUUCCCAGAGCUCUACCGGUUCACUGUUCACUGUCUGGAGUACAAGAUUGACAUGCUGGAGGCCUUCGUCAUUAUGCAGAGCAUCAACAUGCUGCAGGGCCUCAUCCCCGCCAAGGAGCAGUGUGGGGAGGUGUCCAGGCAGCAUGUGGAGCGUCUCUAUGUGUUUACUCUCAUGUGGAGCAUCGGAGCUUUACUGGAGCUGGAAGACAGGAGGAAGAUGGAGAGCUGGCUCCGUGGCAACGACAACAUCCAUCUGGACCUCCCAGAUAUACCAUCAGACAGCGAGGACACCAUGUUCGACUACCACGUCACUACAGACGGUCAGUGGYUCCACUGGAACACACGGGUAGAGGAGUACGUCUACCCAUCAGACCUCACCCCAGAGUACGGAUCCAUCCUGGUCCCCAACGUAGACAAUGUCCGCACUGACUUCCUCAUCCAGACCAUCGCCAAACAGGGCAAGGCUGUGUUGUUGAUCGGAGAGCAAGGCACAGCCAAGACUGUCAUCAUCAAGGGAUACAUGUCAAAGUACGACCCCGAAACUCACAUGGCCAAGAGUCUCAACUUCUCCUCCGCCACAACUCCACUCAUGUUCCAGCGGACUGUGGAGAGCUAUGUGGACAAGCGGAUGGGCACCACCUAUGGCCCUCCUGCAGGGAAGAAGAUGUCCAUCUUUGUGGACGACAUCAACAUGCCAGUCAUCAACGAAUGGGGAGAUCAGGUUACCAAUGAGAUAGUCCGCCAGCUGAUGGAACAGAACGGGUUCUUCAAUCUGGAGAAGCCGGGGGAGUUCACCAAUGUAGUGGACAUCCAGUUCCUGGCAGCGAUGAUCCACCCAGGGGGAGGCCGCAACGACAUCCCCCAGAGACUGAAGAGGCAGUUCUCCAUCUUCAACUGCACCCUGCCCUCCAACGCAUCCAUCGACAAGAUAUUUGGAGUCAUCGGGACAGGACACUACUGUGCCCGGCGAGGCUUCACAGAAGAGGUGCGUGGAACUGUGGCCAAGCUGGUGCCGCUGACCCGUCGGCUGUGGCAAAUGACCAAGGUCAAGAUGCUGCCCACUCCGGCCAAGUUCCACUACAUCUUCAACCUCAGAGACUUGUCCAGAGUCUGGCAGGGCAUGCUCAACCCAACCGCUGAGMUGGUCAACUCUCUUACUGUGUUGCUUCAGCUGUGGAAGCAUGAGUGUAAGCGUGUGAUCGCAGACCGGUUUACCAUGCCAGAAGAUGUAGCCUGGUUCGACAGGGCCCUGGCCAAGCUAGUAGAGGAGGAGCUAGGAGAGGAAGAGAGGMCUGUGGUCGACUUCGGAGUAGACGGCUACUUUGUUGACUUCCUAAGAGAUGCUCCUGAAGCUACAGGUGAGGAGCCAGAGGAUACAGACUUUGAGAUGCCCAAGGUGUAUGAGCCCAUCGAGUCGCUUGAGGGCCUGAUGGAGAGGCUCAACAUGUUUCUUGGCCAGUACAACGAGAGCAUCAGAGGAGCUGGCAUGGACAUGGUGUUCUUCAGAGAUGCUAUGAUACACCUUGUCAAGAUCUCCAGGAUCAUCCGCACCCCCAGAGGGAAUGCCCUUCUAGUAGGAGUGGGGGGCUCAGGCAAGCAGAGCCUGACUAAACUGGCUUCCUUCAUCGCCGGAUACAAGACCUUUCAGAUCACACUAACACGUUCGUACAACACUGCUAACCUGAUGGAGGAUCUGAAGGGUCUGUACAGGACAGCAGGCCAGCAGGGAAAAGGCAUCAGCUUCAUCUUCACUGAUAACGAGAUCAAGGACGAGUCUUUCCUGGAGUACAUGAAUAAUGUGUUAUCAUCUGGGGAGGUGUCGAACUUGUUUGCUCGAGACGAAAUUGACGAGAUCAUCAGUGACCUCAUACCAGUCAUGAAAAGAGAGUUUCCUCGGCGACCACCAACCAAUGAGAACCUCCAUGACUAUUUCAUGAGCAGGGUUAGACAGAACCUACACGUGGUUCUCUGCUCUCUCUCCUGUUGGGAAAAGUUCCGGAACAGAGCCCUGAAGUUCCCUGCCCUCAUCUCCGGCUGCACCAUGGACUGGUUCAGCCUGCCCAAAGAUGCUCUGAUCGCAGUGUCAGAGCACUCCUGUCCACCUAAACAUCGACUGUUCGACCGUGUGAAGGGGGAGGUGGUGCAGUGUAUGGGCUCCUUCCAGGACGGCGUGGCAGAGGAGUGUGUAGAUUACUUCCAGAGGUACCGCCGCGCCACGCACGUCACUCCCAAGUCCUACCCCUUCAUCCAGGGAUACAAGACCAUCUAUAAGGAGAAGCACCUGAGGUGGCAGACACUGGCACACAGGAUGAACACAGGUCUUCAGAAGCUGAGGGAGGCCUCUGUGUCUGUAGCAUUACUCAGCAAAGAGCUGGAGGUCAAAGAGAAGGAGCUGCAGAUCGCCACGAGAGGCAGACAUGGUGUGUUGAAGGUGGUGACAGUGAAGGCCCAGGCAGCAGAGAAGGUCAAGGUGGAGGUCCAGAAGGUCAAGGAUAAGGCUCAAGCCAUAGUGGACAGCAUCUGCGACAAGGCCUUCGCUGAGGAGAAGCUGGGAGCUGCCAAGCCAGCCCUGGAGGAGGCUGAGGGUGCACUGCAGACCAUCAAGCCGUCGGACAUUGCCAGGCGGACCCUGGGUCGGCCUCCCCACCUCAUCAUGAGGAUCAUGGACUGUGUUCUGCUGCUGUUCCAGAGGAGGGUGAACACGGUGAAGAUCGACCCGGAGAAGAAACUGCACCAUGCCCAUCCGGCAGGAGUCCCUCAAACUCAUGACUGCUGGGAACUUCCUGGGCAGUCUGCAGACACUGUUGGAGGACUGCUGAACGUCGCAGACAACAAGAUGCAGAAGGCCUCUAGCCUCAUCAGUGGUCUGGCUGGAGAGAAAAGAGCGCUGGACAGAGCCGAGCAAAGAGUUUUCCGCCCAGACAGCGCCCUUUGGCAGCAGAACCGGCUGGCCAUGGCCAACAUAGACCUGCAGGCGCCCAGGCAGAGUUGGAUGACAAGCAGGCAGAGCUGGAUUGUGGUCCAAGCAGAGUAUGAGAAGGCCAUGAUGAGAGAACAGACACUGUUGGAGGAUGCUGAACGCUGCAGACACAAGAUGCAGACGGCCUCUAGCCUCAUCAGUGGUCUGGCUGGAGAAGAAGAGGCGCUGGACAGAGCCGAAGUGACAUCUUAUUGUCCACGGCUUUCCUUCGCCUUUCUGUCCUACUCCGGCCCCUUCAACCAGGAGUUCCGGAACCUUCUCCUGACCGACUGGCAGAGGGAGAUGAAGACCAGACACAUCCCGUUCGGGAACAACCUCAACCUGACCGAGAUGCUGAUCGACGCACCCACGGUCAGCGAGUGGAACCUUCAGGGCCUGCCCAACGAUGACCUAUCCAUCCAGAAUGGAAUCAUCAUCACCAAGGCCUCACGCUUCCCUCUCCUCAUAGACCCUCAGACCCAGGGCAAGAUCUGGAUAAAAAAUAAAGAAUCCAUGAAUGAGCUGCAGAUCACCUCCUUGAACCACAAGUACUUCAGGAACCACCUGGAGGACAGCCUGUCUCUGGGGCGCCCCCUACUGAUCGAGGACGUAGGGGAAGAGCUGGACCCGGCACUGGACAACGUACUGGAGAAAAACUUCAUCAAGACGGGCUCCACUUAUAAAGUGAAAGUGGGAGACAAGGAGGUGGAUGUGAUGAGGGGGUUCCGUCUUUAUGUGACCACUAAGCUCCCCAACCCUGCGUACACCCCAGAGAUCAGCGCCCGCACCUCAAUCAUAGACUUCACUGUCACCAUGAGGGGUCUGGAGGACCAGCUGCUGGGACGGGUCAUCCUCACUGAGAAACAGGAGUUGGAGAAGGAGCGCACAGACCUGCUGGAAGAUGUAACGGCCAACAAGAGGAAGAUGAAAGAGCUGGAGGACAACCUGCUGUAUCGUCUGACCUCUACAGGGUCCCUGGUGGACGACGAGAGCCUCAUCAUCGUCCGGAACACCAAGCGCACCGCCGAGGACGUCACACAGAAACUACAGAUCUCAGCCGAGACCGAGAUCCAGAUCAACACAGCUAGAGAGGAGUACAGACCCGUGGCCACCAGAGGCAGCAUCCUGUACUUCCUCAUCACUGAGAUGUCCAUGGUUAACGUCAUGUACCAAACGUCACUACGACAGUUCUUGGGAAUCUUUGACCUCUCUCUGGCCAGAUCAACCAAAAGUCCAAUUACCAGCAAGCGAAUAGCGAACAUCAUUGAGCAUAUGACCUUUGAAGUGCACAAGUACGCAGCCAGGGGUCUGUAUGAGGAGCACAAAUUCCUGUUUACCCUCCUGCUGACGCUGAAGAUCGACAUGCAGAGUAACCGUGUGAAACACGCCGAGUUCCUCACCCUCAUUAAAGGGGGUGCCUCUCUGGAUCUGAAGGCUUGCCCGCAUAAGCCUGCCAAGUGGAUCUUAGACAUGACUUGGCUCAAUCUGGUGGAGCUCAGUAAACUGUGGCAGUUCUCUGAUAUCCUUGAUCAGAUCUGUCGUAAUGAGAAGCAGUGGAAGGCAUGGUUUGAUAAGGAGGCCCCUGAGGAGGAGGUGAUCCCUAAUGCCUAUGACCAGACCCUGGACUGUUUCCACCACCUGCUGCUCAUACGCUCCUGGUGCCCAGACAGGACCAUCGCACAGGCCCGUAAGUACAUAAUGGACUCGAUGGGAGAGAAGUAUGCAGAGGGAGUGAUCCUGGACCUAGAGAAGACGUGGGAGGAGUCAGACCCCCGGACCCCGCUCAUCUGCUUCCUGUCCAUGGGCUCAGACCCCACCGACUCCAUCAUCGUCCUGGGGAAGAGGCUGAAGAUAGAGACGCGCUAUGUCUCCAUGGGCCAGGGACAGGAGGUCCACGCACGCAAGCUGCUCCAGCAGACCAUGGCCAACGGAGGCUGGGCCUUGCUCCAGAACUGCCACCUGGGCCUGGACUUCAUGGAUGAGCUGAUGGAUACUGUGACAGAGACAGACACCAUCCAUGAGACCUUCCGCCUGUGGAUUACUACAGAGGUCCAAAAAAACUUCCCCAUCACACUGCUGCAGAUGUCCAUCAAGUUCACUAAUGAGCCUCCACAGGGACUGAAGGCAGGGCUGAAGAGGACUUAUGGAGGUGGGUCACACCACAGUUCACACAUACAUAUCCAUGCAUGUGUGAGAGAGAGGCUACAGAAGAUGGGUCUGCUCCAGCCCAUGAACAUCUUCCUGCGUCAGGAGAUAGACCGCAUGCAGAGGGUCAUCGUGCUGGUCAGGAACACGCUGACCGACCUCAAACUGGCCAUCGACGGCACCAUCAUCAUGAGUGAGAACCUACGGGACGCGCUGGACUGCAUGUAUGACGCACGCAUCCCCUCACGUUGGAAGAAGGCGUCAUGGGCCUCCAGCACUCUAGGGUUCUGGUUUACUGAGUUGCUGGAUAGAAACCGUCAGUUCCAGGCGUGGAUCUUUGAAGGACGGCCCAACUGUUUCUGGAUGACAGGGUUCUUUAACCCACAGGGCUUCCUGACCGCCAUGAGACAGGAGAUCACUCGUGCAAACAAGGGCUGGGCCCUAGACCGUAUGGUGCUGUGCAACGAGGUGACCAAGUGGAUGAAGGAUGACGUCACCCAGCCGCCCUCUGAGGGGGUGUAUGUGUACGGCCUCUAUCUGGAGGGGGCGGGCUGGGACAGGAGGAACUGCAAACUCAUCGACUCCAAACCCAAAGUGUUGUUUGAGAUGAUGCCUGUAGUCAGGAUGUAUGCUGAAAACAAUGGUGUCAAGGAUGCCCGGUUAUACUCCUGUCCCAUAUAUAAGAAGCCUGUAAGGAUGGACCUGUAA